AUGCCAACACGGUGGUACAAUCUGGUCCCCGACCUGCCCAUGCCCCCGCCGCCCCCGCUCAACCCCGCCACGCUGCUGCCGCUCGUCGCGGAAGAUCUUGAGUCGAUCUUCCCGCGGAGCCUGAUCGAACAGGAGAUGUCGUUGGAGAAGUACAUUGCAAUCCCGAAGGAGGUGCUGGAAGUGUAUAAACUGUGGCGUCCCACGCCGCUGUACCGUGCACGGCGGCUGGAGAAGCUGCUCGACACCCCGGCUCGCAUCUACUACAAGUAUGAGGGCGUCAGCCCGGUCGGCAGCCACAAGCCCAACACCGCGGUGCCGCAGGCCUGGUACAAUGCGCAGGCCGGCGUGAAGAAGCUGACCACGGAGACGGGGGCGGGGCAGUGGGGCGCCUCGCUGGCGUUCGCCUGCAAACUCUUUGACAUGGAGGCAAGCGGGGUGCGCGCAAGCUACGACUCCAAGCCCUACAGGCGCAUGCUUAUGGAGUUAUGGGGUGGCACCGUGCACCCGAGCCCCUCCACCGUUACCCAGGCGGGCCGGGACAUCCUGGCCAAGGACCCCAACACCCCAGGGUCGCUGGGCAUUGCCAUCAGCGAGGCGGUCGAGGUGGCCGCGAGUGAUCCUACUGCAAAGUAUGCCCUGGGGAGUGUAUUGUCACACGUGUUGUUGCACCAGACCGUGAUAGGCGAGGAGGCGCUGCAGCAGCUGGCGAUGGUCGGCGAGACGCCCGACCUCGUGAUUGGCUGUACGGGCGGCGGCAGCAACUUUGGAGGCCUUGCUUUUCCGCUGCUGCGGGAGAAAAUGGCAGGGAACAUGAACCCUAUCAUUCGCGCCGUGGAGCCAGAGGCCUGUCCCUCGCUGACGCGCGGAGUCUAUGCCUACGACUUUGGUGACACCGCCGGCCUCACGCCGCUGCUCAAGAUGCACACCCUGGGCGCACAGUUCAUCCCGGAUCCCAUCCACGCUGGCGGGCUGCGCUACCAUGGCAUGUCGCCCCUCAUCUCGCACGUGAAGGAGUUGGGGCUGAUCGAGGCGGUGGCUGUCCCCCAGGUCGACUGCUUCAAGGCCGCGCUGCAGUUCAGUCAGACGGAGGGCAUCGUGCCCGCGCCCGAACCAACCCACGCCCUUGCGGAGGCCAUAAAGGAGGCGCUCAAGUGCAGAGAGACAGGCGAAGGCAAGGUCAUUCUCACCGCGCUCUGUGGCCAUGGGCUGCUGGAUUUGCCAGCAUACGACAAAUUCAUUCACGGCGCGCUGGAAGACAUCCCGCUGCCCAGCGCCAAGCUGGAUGCUGCGUUUGCGUCGCUGCCGAGUCGAAGCAGCACCUCAUUGUAG